AUGUUUAAGACUAUUUUGUAAGAGCAAGAAAAUGGACAAUAUCAUCAAUUAUUUAGCGAAUUCGAAUAUUUAAAUGAGAUUCUAGAUAAAGAACAAAUUAUAUUAAAUAUCUAGCAUCUUGAAAUUGAUUAUUUGUUUGAUGAGAGAUUAGAAACAUAUUAUACUUUUCAGAAUAACUAUGAUUAAUUUGUAAAAACAGACAAUAACAAUUAAUAAUAUUAAAUAUAAUAGCAAUAAAUAUAAUAAAUAUCUGCAGAAGAUGAGUAGACUUAAAAUGAGCAAAAGGAAAAGUUAACUAAACACAAAUUACCAGCAAUUUACAUUCACUAAUAGCUUUUUGUGCAAUUUAUAUAACUUUAUAAUUAUAACUUUUAGGCAUUUGAAUUUGAAAAAAGCUCUAACUUAAAAUACACACAAGCAUUAAUGAUCAUUUCUAACUCUAAUACUUUAUAUAAAAAUCUUCAAUUAAAACAUACACCCUUACAUAAACUACCUCAAAGAAUACACUCUAAUGGAUAUACUCUUAGAAGACUGAAUAAAUCACAAUCUUUUUGA